AUGUUGAGAAAUUGGACUCUGCCACAAGAACAGAAUCCUGCUAGUACCACUAUUGGCUCCCUCUCCAGUCUAAACUACAAUAGUGUGACUAUACAGAAAGAAACUAAAGAGACUUCUUGGGAGAUGAGGCCUAAUACAAGAGGGAAUAUGGAGGGUGAAAAAUGGAUAAAACAUUACAGUAGUAAGCAGAAAAUACUGUUAAUCGGGGAAGGAGAUUUCUCCUUUGCACUUAGUCUUGCUACUGCUUUUGGAAAUGCUACCAAUAUCGUGGCUACUUCCAUAGAUUCCCCAGAUAUGCUGCAGAUGAGGUAUGCAAAGGCGAAGAGCAACCUUGACCUUCUUGAGGCGUACGGAUGCAAUCUGGUGUAUGGAGUCGAUGCACAUACCAUGCAUAAACAUCGUGCCUUGCAAAAUCAAACUUUUGAUAGAAUUGUUUUCAAUUUUCCACAUGCAGAACUGUUUUUACGUGAACACAAGUUAAAUUCAUUAUAUUUGGAUAGCAAAUUUAUAAUGAAAAAAAAGACUGAGAAAGGGAAGGAAAGGAAAGAAAGGGGAGAAGUGGGGAAAGGACUCAAAAAAGGAAAGAAAGGGGAGAAGUGA